CUGGCAGCACUGCUGGGCUGCACUGCACUGGUGGGUGGCACUGGUGGGCACGGGUGGGUGGGCACAGGUAGGUGGCACUUCUGGGCACAGGUAGGUGGCACUGCAGAGUGGCACAGGUGGGUGCACUGCUGGGCACAGGUGGGUGCACUGCUGGGCACAGGUGGGCGAAACUUGCGGGUGGCACUGCUGGGCACCAAUCAUCAGGGCACUGAUCAUCAGUGUCCGGCUGAUCGGUGCCGAUCUCCGCUCUGACAACUGCCGGUUCUCGGCAGUACUUUCCUCACGAUCUGACAGCGUGAGGAAAGUGCAGCCGAGAAGCGGCACUUGCAU